UAAAGCCCAAAUACGUAAUAUAUAAAAUUGGUCACUUAUCCACUGAAAACCCUAGUUUUCUUGUGCCGUAGCUUUGUGACAAAAGAAGUAGCUGUUUGCCUCUUUGCAGUGAAAGCACUACCAACAAGAAGAUGAUUAUCACAGAGACCAACCGCAGAGAGAUCUGCAAAUACCUUUUCAAAGAAGGAGUAUUGUUCGCCAAGAAGGACUUCAAUCUCCCAAAGCAUCCGUUGAUUGAGUCAGUGCCCAACCUGCAAGUGAUCAAGCUCAUGCAGAGUUUCAAAUCCAAGGAGUACGUUAGGGAGACCUUCGCUUGGAUGCACUACUAUUGGUUUCUCACCAACGAAGGGAUUGAGUUCUUGAGAACUUAUCUUAACCUUCCCUCGGAUGUUGUUCCCGCGACCUUGAAGAAGUCUGCUAAGCCCAUUGGUCGUCCCUUUGGUGGCCCUCCUGGUGAUCGCCCUAGAGGUCCUCGCUUUGAGGGAGACCGUCCUAGGUUUGGUGACCGUGAUGGGUACCGAGGGCCACGUGGCGGUGAUGCAGCAGGUGAAAAGGGUGGAGCUCCAGCUGAUUACCAGCCGUCUUUCCAAGGAGGUGGUGGUAGGCCUGGAUUUGGCCGCGGUGCAGGCGGUUUCAACGCAGCAGCACCAUCUGGUUCGGGUUUACCCUGAAAGAAUUGUUGUUAUCGUUAGACUAUUGGAAGACGAGUUUUGUUUUUGUUUCUGGCUUUAGUUUUGUUUGUGUGACUGCAAAUCUGGAAUCUAUGAUCUAUCUAUUUCUCUGACUUUUGGUCUGAAGAAACGAGUCCUUUAUUA